AUGAACGUUGACGUCAAUGGAGCCCCCACGUGGGCCCCGCUUGAAGUACAAAAGCCGCUGCCCAGCCCAGCCCUGUCCAAGGUGCUGAACGGCCAGCGAAGCGGCGCCCGAGCGGAGCAGGACUGGCCAGAGACCGCGGCGAGACAAAGGGGCGGGCAGGACCGGACCAGACCCCCAACGCCCCCGACCACCGCGGCUGCGACAAAGCGGCAGCCCCACCCCUGUGGCAGGAUGCCGUGCCCCCAGGCUCUCUGCAGAGCUGCCCUGCUGCUUUCCCUGUCUCUCCAGCUGCAAGUCCACCUCCCUGCCUCCGCCGCCCCCGCGUCCCUGGGGGAACAGGCCUACCCGGGCAAAGCCUCUCCCAAGACGCAAGAACUGGCUGACCAGACACAGGUUCGCGCCCUGCCUGAGGCUGACCCAGACAAGGACCACCAAGACGACCUCUUCCAGGACGUUGACCCCAAGGCUCUGGCUGCGGUCCUCCUGCAAGCCCUUCACCUCCAACCUGAGAGCACCAACAAGGGGGGCCCAGACCUUGGACCCAGUGCCAAUGAGGAGAGGGUCCGCAGCGAGACCAAGAGCUCCACCCUGCAGCCAGAGAGGGAGCGGGCCUGGAAAGAGUGGGAGGGGGACACCCAGUCCCUGGAGGAGGAGGAGGAGGCUCCCGACCAGCAAGAGGCAGAGGCCUUGAAGUCCAUGUUGCAGGAGCUGCAGCGCUACAGCCCCACAGCCCCACAGGAGGAGCACCUGCAGGAGCGUCGUGGAGCAGCUGCCUCCACCCCCCCAGGCAGCGCACGGAAUGAUGUGCUCAGGGAGCUGGAGGAGUACGAGCAGCUGAGGGUCCUCCCCAAGCGCAUGGCCCCCCCAAGCGAGCCCUGGGACGGGGCCCGGAAGCUGAGGCAGCAGCAGCACCUAGAGCACCAACUCCUACAGAGGCGCUACGAGGAGCUGGCUGAGAGCCGCAGGCAGGCAGAGGAGGCACGCCGAGCAGCCGCCGAGGAGGAGCGCCUGGCAGACAUGGCCUCCGACCUGCUCCUCCAGUACCUGCUGAAGGACGGGGAGCAGAGCGAAGAGGAGGGUCAGCAGGGCCCCCAAAAUGGUGGCGGCGGUGGCGGCUGGAAAGGGAGCAGCGCCCUACUGUUCGAGGACGAGGAGGGCAACGUGGCUGAAGACAAGCGCUCCAACGAGGCCCCGGAGGAGGAUGACGAAGAGGCCGACAUCGACCCCAACACCAUCGAUCGCCUCAUCGAGCUAUCCAGCAAGCUCCACCUGCCUGCCAAUGACGUCAUAGACAUCAUUAAUGACGUAGAGAAGAAGAAGGAGGAGGUGCCAGAGCCUCUCAGCAAGGCCAAGACGCCAGCCACAUUUGCCCCCCAAGAAAAGCCCAAGAAGAACCCCGCCUACCCCCUCUACCCUCAAGGCCCAAAGCCCAUUCAGAAGUCCUACCACUCUCCAGCCUGGCAGCCCCCCCGCCGCCUCCCCAAGGAGGACGAGGACGCCUGGAAUGAAGUCCUGAGAGGAGACGAGUAUCCAGGCCCCAAGUGGUUCCAUGCCAAGCCGAACAACGUAAUCUCCAACUACAUCAGCCCCAGGACUUUCCAGCCAUCUGCGUACCACCGCUAUGUCCAUCUCCCCAGCUCCAUGGUACCGCGGGAGGAAUAUGGCAACGAUGAUGAUGAUGGCCGAGGCCACGACGAGGAUGAGCUGGAGAACUACAUUGAGAAAGUGCUAAUGAAGCGCCCCAGGGGCUUCUAGCAGAACCCAGCAGUAGCAGCUCCCCGCCCCGCCCCGAGAAACUCGGCCAUUCACAGUGUUUCUGACAUUAAUUCAGGUUUCUGCAUGAGUCAGGAGAAGAAAGUCUCCCCCACUUAGCUAAAGGUCCCCACCUGGAGAUCAGGGUGCCGCCUCCUCCGCUCAACUGAUUACACCAUCACCUUCUCCCUAUGAAGAAAAUGACCCCGCCCCCAGCAACUGAGACCGAGUCCACCUCAGCCCUGGGCCACGUGGUGCCCUCCCCAGCAGUGGGCAGAGCCCCCUCCCCCUCCCAACAGCAGCUGUAAAAGUCAACAGGGGGGUGGCAGGCAACCUCCAUUGCCAACAACUUCUGCCCCCCCCUGGCAGAAGAGGAGGGAACCUUGAGCCCCCCCCCCCGCAAAUCCUGAGAGGCAUCUGGCAGCAGCCCAUGGGGCUGGGGGCCCCACCCGUCCCACAGUCUUUGAGGCUCCAAGAAAACACCACCCAUUCAGACAGAAGAGAAGGGGGUGGGGCUGGCUGGGGAGAUAAUUACCUCACAUGGUUCCCUUCCGCGGUGAGUCAGGGGCUGCUGCGGCUGACCUCUUUUGGGUGGAUCCACAUCCCACUGGUUCCCUUCCCCAGGAGAGGUGUUUCAUGGAGCCCUGUGAGCUGCAGCUGCAUUGGGGAGGCAUGUGUCCCGCCACUGGCCAGGGUAGCCUGGAUCCAGCCUGAGGGCAGCCUUGCCCUGCCCCCUGCCUGCCCCCCCCUCUCUGGGCCUCUAGCUGGCUCCUUUGUCUCUCUGAGCUUCAGGAGUCCCAACCUGGACGGCCAGGUCUCAGCAGGCCUGUGCUGCUCAGCAGGGGGGGGGGGGGGCUGGUUAGGGUUAACCUACCAAGGAAGUCCAGGGAGGCCGUGCAGGGGCGGCCCAGGUAAACCACCUCUGUCUCUUGCCUUUGGCAACCUGCGUGGGACUGGAGGGCAUCUUGUUUACCACCAAGGAAUGUCCAGCUAGAAAUUAGAGGGAAGCUUUUGAGCCUUGGGCGAAUUGAGAGGAUAUUCAUAACAUCUGUUUUCAUUGUGCCCAAAGUUCAGAACUAUAAUUGCCUUCAGCAGUCUCACAGAAAGUUUUAGACCCUCUGCACCUGGUUUAAGAGGUCCAGUUAGGUACUGAGCCCAAUCUCAAACAAUUACGGUACAUUAGCUGUCCUUAUUUAAUCCCCUUGCCUGAUUAUGGAGUCCCUGAAUCGAAAAUAUUAAACAACUGCUACAGCCCUCCCUGUUGUGGUACGGUUAACGGCACUUCCUCCCCCCACCACCACUGUUUCUGCAGCUCAAAGGCCCAACCGAAAGAGCCCCCUUGCGGAUCAGGCCAGACAGUUGGUAGCCCCAGAUGCUGCUGAGGCAACAGAGCCCCGGUUAGCUCGGACGCCACUGAGACCUCUGCCCUUGGAUAUCACAGGGUUCUUUGGCCUUAAUUAUUCCAAGUGGGUAGCAACGACCCCUGACUCUCCUUGUCCAAGAUGGGUAUUCCAAAAGGGACAGCCCCCAGGGUCCCUGAGAGAAGGGCCCCUCCAGGCAACAGAAGGCUAGGAAGCAGGGAGAGAUGCCUACCCACGGCGGCGGAAGAGCUAGCCAAGGCAACCCUGCGCUCCCACACUGGUGCCCCUCUGAUCUUCAGCCUGACCCAGAGGCUGGGAGGGGAAGAGGCCACCCCGCUCUCCAGAGUGGCUCUCCCAGUUCCCCAUUCCCAAAGCGAGUGAUGGGAACCGGGCCACACCAGCGAUGGCGCCCAGUUGGUUCUUUCCAUGGAAUGUGCUACCCCCCCACCCCCGCAAUAGGCAGCCUGAGCUCUGUGCAGACACCCCCCCCCCACAAGGGGGCAGGGAGGAAAGGUGGGGCUGCAGCAUGCUCUGCGUCACACCUACUUGUGCACGUCCGCGCCUAACAAAAGUGGGGGGGGGAGAGAGGGGGGGGGAGGCAGCCGCCUGCACGUGUCCGUUCCUUUCCCACGCCAUCGGUCCUCGAGUGUGCGAGUUUCUUCGCUUUGUGACGUCCCGUCCUGUAAAACCAAACCAAACCAGAGUUGUUUCGAUGUCCUGAUCCAUUUGUUGUACUUGAAAUAAAAUCCGUCCGGCCGGUUGUAAAUAGCACGUGGGACCACUAGUUUUGCUAAGAAAUAAAAGCAACUAUUUUAUUA